CACACACACACACACACACACACACACAUUUUUCUUCUAAAAAAAAUGAGUAAAGAAUCCCUGAGAGCAAAAAGCACAGUCAAUUACCCCCCGUUUUUAUUGGUCCAUUUCUUGUGGUGACCUCAUAAGGAGCCAAUUCUUUGGAACUCCAAGCCCCUAUAUAAGUCCCUGGAAACCUAGGUUUGUGGUCUUUCUGGCUCAGGAAGCUCCUUCAGUGACCUGAGACAUCGUGACCAAACUUGGCUUGUUUUCUCUUUAAAUUGUGGUUUUUCUAUUUCCUCGCCAGCUAUUCUUAUUUUCUCUUUGUUUUUCCUCAUUUGCAUUCAUUCGUUUUUCAUUUUAUUCUUCCUUUACAUCCUCAAUUUUUCUUUUUUUCUAUGUACUUGUUAAUUUUUUUAUCAUCUUACUAGUAUUGUUUUAUUUUGUAUUUUUUCUUAUCCUCAUGUUAUUUAUUCCUUUUUUGAAUCUUUCUCAUUGAUUUCUUGUUUUGUUUAUAUAUACAAUUUAUCUUAUUUUUAUCAGUUUUUAAAAUUUUACUUCCUCUUUUCUCAUUUUACCUUUUUGAUUAUAUUUUAACUUUUUCUCAUUUUUUCCAUAUUUCAUUAAGUUUUUAGUCACCACUUUUUAGGGUUUUGGGUUUUUAAGUUUUUAAUCCUACCACCAGGGCACCUCUUAUCCCAAAGCCCGCUACGCCUUCGCACCAUAGCCAACAUGCUGCAGAGCCACUUAGCCUUCUCUGCUGUGGAGGAAACUCAUGUGGGACGCUACCACCUCCUCAGAACCAUCGGCAAGGGGGCAUCUGCCAAGGUCAAGCUGGCCCAGCACAUCAUCACCGGCCAAGAGGUAGCCAUUAAAAUAAUUGACAAGAUCCAGCACACGUCCUCCGACCUCCACAGACUAUACAGAGAGAUAGAAAUUAUGAAGGAUUUCCAUCAUCCAAAUAUUGUAAAGCUGUUUGAAGUCAUAGAGAAUGAGCACGCCCUCUAUAUAGUGAUGGAGUAUGCAAGUGGAAGGGACCUCUUUUACCACCUAGUGAAUCAUGGCUUCAUGAGCGAAAAAGAGGCCCAAACGAAAUUCCAACAAAUAGUGUCAGCGGUGAAGUACUGCCACGACAAGAGUAUUGUUCAUAGGGAUCUGAAAACAGAAAACCUACUAUUGGACAAGCGAAUGAACAUCAAACUUGCAGACUUUGGUUUAGGAACUCAAUUCACCCCAGGGAGCAAGCUGGAUACCUUCUGUGGCACUCCCCCUUAUUCUGCCCCAGAACUCCUUCAGGGAGAAAAGUAUGACGGACCCCCAGUGGAUGUGUGGAGCCUGGGAGUCAUCCUAUACUUCAUGGUAACUGGAUCUCUGCCUUUUCGUGGGAAGACCUUGACAAAGCUGCGAGAGCAGGUGCUGCAGGGACAAUAUCAUGUUCCCUUCCACAUGUCUAGCCAGUGUCAACACCUGCUCAGUAAAAUUUUCAUUCGUGACCCAAGAAAGAGAGCCACGUUAGAGGACAUCCUGGCACAUCCAUGGAUGAAGGUGAGCCAUGAAGAAAAACAAAAGCUCUAUGUGCAGCCACUCCCAGACUACGAUAACCACUGGCACACUGAGGUGACGGUGAACACGGGUUACGUGCAGGAAGACAUUCAUGACUCACUGUUGAACCACAAUUACAAUGAUGCGAACGCCACCUAUCUGAUCCUGCGUCACGACACAUAUGAGAUUGACAGCCACACCAGCACCCUGGAACCCCAGGCUGAAGCCCAUUGCACCGAUAGCCACACUCCUUCCUCAUCCCAUGAAGUGCCUCCUACCGUCUGUCCUAAACCCAAACAGCGUAGUUACACCGAGCCCACCAUUCCCACCUUUGGUUACUACAUCCGCGAUGCUUUGAACACUCUCUCUGAGGGAGGGAUGGGGACCUCCAUGGUGUCUACUUCUCCAUCAUUCUCCCUGGCCCUGGCCCACCUGCGGCAGCAAUCUACCACAGCCUGGGCACAGCCCAACCAGGACUCUGACCUGUAUGCCAAGGGGAGAAACAGUGAGGUGCCACAGCCCAUCACACCACCCCAGUGUGUUUCUGUGCCUUCCUCCUCAGCCUACACCAUCAACGAGAGUGCCGGGGCCCCGGAGAAAACCAGUUUUACCCAGGCAAUGUCAAAACUAAGCUCCGUAAAUGAGGAGCAGGUGCAUGAGUUACCUGACCAGCCGAGUUCGCCCCAGACUAUGAGUCUAGCCUCUUCCUCUGAGGAGCAAGUGCAUGAGUUACCUGACCAGCCGAGUUUGCCCCAGACUGUGAGUCCAGCCUCUUCCUCUGUCAGCAGCCAGGGCUGGAAGCAGGCCACUGGGAGGUUCUUUAAGCUCAUGAGAAGAUGCCUUUGUUUUACAUAUGACAAAAAGGACCACAAAGCAUCGGACAGCAAAGCUGCACAAAUGAUCAAACCUCAACAGGCCAAACCACGCUCUCUCAAAUCUACCUGGAGGAUGAAGAUCACCAGUUCCUUGGAGCCCGACGAGAUGCUGCAGAAGAUCUGUCAAGUGUUGGAUGCCAAUGGCUGUGACUGGGAUCUCACACACAAAUACACACUGCUGUGUAUGAAUGGCACACCAGGACAACAGGACUUCACUCAGUGGAGGAUGGAGGUGUGCACCCUGCCUCGGAGGACUCUCAAUGGGGUAAAAGUGAAGAGAAUUUCAGGGACCUCUGAGGCCUUCAAUAACAUCGUCUCAAAAAUCACCAGUGACCUUGCACUUUAA